AGUAAAAAAAAAAACCUUUUCUACGCUACUGUUUGUACCGAUCUUGCAAGGAGGUGAGGCUUCUGAUUCUCAAACGUAUGCUUUCGUUACAUUAGUAGUAAGUGCAUCUUGUUCGCCUUUUUGUUGAAGCGGCUCCAAAUUUCACCCGGUUUUCUUCCAAUUGUUUCGUUGUUCAAAGUCGUUUUAUUGAUUGGCUGUUUUCUCUCCCGCUGCAGACAUUGAAGAGAAGUGUUGUCUUGUACUGCUGGCAUUUGCUGAGGGGCUGUGUGGUGUUCCCGAAGCGCGCGUUCGGUUUCUGACUUCCGUUUGGAAGUCUCCUUUUUUUGUUGUUUUCUUUCUUUCGAAAAGGCGUGUCUUCUUGUGUUCUUUUCUGGGGAGGUAAAGCAAGAUCGGGUGAGUUUACUUUGUGCUACCGCGUGUUUCUGCUCGCAACGUCUUUCCUUUUUGGUAUUCAUAAACACAUCCACUGCCAUAUUCCUAAAAAAAAAGAAGAAGAAAAGCAAAACAUCCAGCGGUUAGAAACAUAGACGAGUAGGAGCUGAGGCGAUACCGUUGCGCAAUAAUAAUUUCACAUUUAUCAUAGGAGAGAAUCGCGCUGCUUUUCUGAAAAAAAAAAAACCGUCUCGCCUUCUUUCCCGUUCAAGGUUACGUAACGAUCGGAGAAUUACCCGUUCUUAAAGCAGCUCUCUUCAACUGGUAUGAAGCGUGGAGGAAGCAACACACAACUCAGACUUAUUAUUGUUUUAUCUACGUGCGAGCUGCUUCACUUUUCUUAAGCUUCACGGUUCAACGAAAUUCUCGCUCUUUUUUUCUUCGUUUCUUGUCAUCGUGCGUGUGAUUGUGUGUGGGCCCAGAUCGUUUUCUAUUCCUUUCCUUCGCUUUUCGCUUCUUCUUCUUUUUUUUUUCCGCUUGUCGAUUAUUGCUUUCUUUCUCUCUCUCUUUCUGUGUUUCACUGACCGCUGCUUUAUUAUUAUUAUUAUUAUUAUGAUUUAUUUGGAGGAAUUUAUUGCCUACCGCCGCCUUCGAACUCUCUCCGACCAAUUUCCGACUGUUUUAUGAGGAUUCUUUUUUCUUUUCCCUUUCCCUUUCCCACUCUGAUAGUUGUCUUCCUAUUAUUAUUAUUAUUAUUAUUUAUUGAACGAAACCGCGUAGAGCAGGGUGUCUUUCACAGCACGUACACAUUUAUAACGGUAAACGAAAACGGGAAAGCGAACACGCAAAAAAAAAACUUGUGACACAGCUCUUUUGUUUUGUCGCGGCUCUCUUUUCUUAUUCUUGUUUCUGGAUCGUUAGUCCGGACAUACAAGCAGACGUAUAUACAAGCGCACACACACGGAGUCAGCGCGCGUUAACGGUUUACCUCUCUCUCUGUUGUCGCCUUUAGCUUUGAUACAAUGGAGGUGGGCAUUAGCGAUCCCAAGACACAUGUGAAGAAGGUGGCGGCGGAGCUGAAGGCGAUGAAUGCCGCGAAUCUCUACGAUGCCAUCGAUGUCAUGUCCACCUCGCUCGUGAUGGGAUUCGAGCGCUACCUGCGCAAGUUCGAGUCGGAUACGGCGAUUCCUCUUCUCGUGGAUGUCUGUGAUUCGUUUAUCCACAACGAUACGCAAGGCGACAUCCUCGUCAUUUCCCUUCGCGCGCUGUCCUUAAUGAUGGAGCACGUCCCUUCCUCGUAUGAGGCGGCGCAGUGCUUCCACCAGGCUCUGGUGCAGCUGUCGUCCAGGGCAAUUCACAAGGCGCUCUGCAUGGAGUGGCAUUUCACGCACGCCAACAAUGCUGCCAUGAUCGAGGAAGGCCUUCGCGUCAUGCGGUUUAUUAGCAAAGAUGACCUCACCGGUGAGCUGAUCGAGUAUGUGCUGGUAGGAGACCUGCUCACUCUGUGCACCGAUCCGCAACCGCUAGUGGCGCGGCAAGCCUUGGACACGCUCCUCAUGAUGUCCUCAAAAGUCGUCAUGCCGUCCGAGCUGGACAAGCCGGCCAAGUCCGUCACGUCCGGGUUUCUGUCCUUCUUCAAAGGCAAGAAGAAGGCACCUGCGUCGCGCAGCAGUGAUAGCGGCAAGGGCGGCCGUGGCCCAAGCAGCUCUUCCUCGGGCGCCGUGGCAGCCGCCGAGGACAUUGUUCCCUUCGCAGAUCACCCGACGGUGGUACAAGUCGAGAACGUUAUUGCGCCGCUUCUAGUGUCCCUCGUCGAGCGGUACGCCAAAUCGCUCACAUCAAUUCCCGAGCACUGGGGCUUGCUUGAGCUCGCUUUGCAGUCCCUCGGCACGCUGAUUGAGCGCGCGCUCAUCUGCCAUCGCCCACACACGGCGCGCGCCCUCGCCUCCCCUCUUCUGCCAAAAAUUCUUUUCCAGCUCAUCGUCAUGACCGAGUCAAACGUCGCACUGGAGCCGAGCGUGCGUGUCGAUCGCGUGCUCUUGUGCGAGACGACCUUGACGCUGUUGACCAACUGCCACCGUAACAUGAUGCUCGAAAGCCUGCAGCUGCAAGAGGCACACAAGUUCUUCCGGCUCACAUUGGACGAGAGUCCUGAUGAAAUCACCACGCUGCUGGACGACCCCUUUCCACGCACUGUCAUUGCGGCGCGCAGCACGCAGCGGCGCGACAAGGACCACAUCACUUCCAUUGCCGCCCUGCAGCUGUUUGUGCUCGCCUGUCCCACCGUGCCACCGGACGCGUUUGGCUUGAAGCCAAAACUGGUGCUGCCGGUGCACCAGUGGAUGUGGGAGGAUGAGCUGCGUCACGACAACCGACUCAUGGAGGAGCAGUGCGUGUCGCUCGAAACGAGCUGGACCCGCCUCGACCACAAGUCGCGUAUUACGGUUCACCUGAAGCAAUUAGACGCGGACCUGCGCACCAUGACCAUGUCGAAAGGAACCCGCGGCGGCCACCGCAACAUUUCUCGCAACUACGUGCCAUUUGUGUACCAUCUCGCGGAUGAGACGGCGCUGCGGCCGGUAGUCGCGGUGAAAGAGGCGGGCCCCUGCUCCGUAGACGGCACCACGCUCGUUUGGAAAUCGGAAGGCUCCGACGUCAAGAAUAGCCGUUCGGCGACGACGACGACGGUGCCGGCAUCUGAGAAGCUCGACUCCAGCACCAACAGCCCUGGUUCGAGCUCCAGCAAGCGAGGUAAAACUAAACACGCCAGCGGCUCCGUCUCGUCCUCGUCUUCGCCGGUGCUGACGCUGCCAGCGUCGGUCGUUCUGAACACGCAGCAGGAAGUGCCGGUGAAGCACAUCGCGAUCGCCGAAGAGUACUUUAUCUCCUUGUGCUCGUUUGCGAAGAAUACCUCGGGCCAGACGGCGAAGCAGGUGGCGACGUGCGCGUGCGCGUCGAUGCUGCAGCUCACGUUUCUGUCUGGCGCCUUGAAGCGCUUUGAAGCGCUGAUGGAUAAGGCCGUGCUCCCCAUGUGCGAGAUGUUCCGCGAGGCCCUGAUCUCCGCCGACAAGGCGACGAAGGCGGUGGUGCUGACGAUGAUCGGCUGGAUGCUGUACCAUCCGAUGGCCGAUCCGUGCAAAUUCUCGGAGAGCGCGCUGCGCUGCGGCCUUCUGGAUCAGCUCGACCUUCUUUCCAAGACGACGCUGCUGGUGACGGACAAGCCGACCCGCACGGCCAGCCUGGCCGAGAAGGCAGGCACGCUGGCGGGCACGAUCGCGGAGAGGAUCAAAGAGCGGCGCGCCGCGCAAGUGGGGGGCGCUGGCACGAACACGAAUGUCACGCGCGACACUCCACUAGGCGGCGUGUUCUUGUCCAGCACGAUGCUGGCGGUCCAGAAAGUUCUGGAGGAGCUGCGCAGCUGCAAUUGUGGCAAGCAAAAUGCAGGCACCACGGGGAGCAAGACACACGAGACCGCCAUCAAGGAGCUCCUGCGCAUCUUCACCGAGGUGACGGACAUAACCGCGUACGAGGUGUUCAACGUGGGCGUCGCCUCGACCCUUUUGUAUUACCUGCUCGGCGACAUGACGCUGAAGGAGUUGGUGGGCGACAAUGUGGUGUAUGCGGCGAGCGCCUCUGCGUCCACAUUUACGCGGGAGACGUUGAGUCAGCCGGAUUUCCACACAGGCCCUAUUGACAGCAACCGUAACGCGUCCUCUUGGGCCACCAUGAUGGCGAGCGGCAUGCACGCUGCGGAUAUCCUGGCGAUGCUGGUAGACGAGAAGCGAAUACGAUGCCUUGUGCAGACGGCGGCCAAGUAUCCGACCGGCAUGCGCCGCCUCGUCGCCGCCCUCGUCGCGAACAUUCCGUCACAGAGUAACUUGCCUUUGGUGGAGUCGGUCGUCACGUUUGACAAGGUGGUGUGCAAGACUCCACUGCAGGCACACGAGACCCUGUGCAGCAUUGCGCCACUAGUUAUGCUAUGCGGCGAGGCGGGUAGGCGCAUCUCUGCCGCCAUCAAAACCGGCAACACGAGCGAGCUGAUGUCGCCGACGAGUGCGACGACGAACGUGUCGGCGAACUCCAUCACUGGCAGAGUGGCCGCCGCCGUCGCCGCCGCGACCACCGGGGGAAGACUCGGCGUUGGGCUCACCAGUUCAGAGUUCUCCCCCGGCAACGGCAGCGCGGAUGGGAAGCAGACGCGGUCCAGCAACUCCCUCACACAAAAUCGUGGCGGGUCCACCAACGUGCUGCGCGGGGUACCAAACGCGGCGAACAUCGUACGCAUCGCAAAGGAGUGCUGCAUGGAGGGUCACCGACUCCGUCUGAUCGAUGGAUACAUCACGCCUCACAUCUGCGACAUCUGUAAGCGCGGCAUCCAUAGCGGCCACAACUGCCGAACGUGCAACUUCGACGUGUGCGAGGAUUGCUAUGCGAGCUACACUGGCAACCUCGAAAUGAUCAAGUCCAUCGCCACGAAGGAGCGCAACCGCGUGCACCUGUGCGCCUCCGUUGGUGAUCUCGAGCGGUGGUUUCGUACCGGAUCGACGUCGUCGAAGAGCACCCUGAUGGCCCCCACUUCUCAGUCUUCGUUGCACCACCUGGAGCGUUUCACGAUUCGGGUGCAGACCUACCUUUCUCGCUACACGGCCAGUGGCUCGGCAGGACGGGAGACACCUCCUAUCCCUGCUGCUGCUGCUGCUGCUGCUGCUGCGCCGGCGACCACGGUAAUGCCAUCAUCCACUACAAACCAUGCGAAUGGGAACGGCAUCAAAACCGUCACGGUUUUUCCACCGGCGGAACCCACCACCACUGCCAGCACCAGCAAUAUAAAAGCAACGGCGGAGUUGGCUGAAAAGCUGCUGAAUCACCCGAUUGUGGUGCGGCGCCUUACCUACAGGUACCUCUCCCGCUUCGCCACACGCGGCGCUUUGAACGACGAGGGAGUGCUCAUCACACCUGAGCUUGCAGAGACGAUGAACGCGGAGGUGGCGCGAGUGCUGAGCACGGAAGCUGAGCUCCACGCAGCGGAAGAGCUAGUUCAGGAGGGCGUGGAGGAGCGCUACAUCCUCUACCGCACCUCGUGCGGUCUGCUGCCGUUCCAGGAGACGGUGCUGAGUACCCUUUACCGCCGUGCCUUUGCUUUGGGGGACCAAGAAGUGCUGCUGCAGCUGGAAAACUGUCUCAUGCGCCUCGACAGCAUGGGCGAAGAGCCUUUGGUGCUUCAGAAGAACGGCGAAGUGACGGUUUCGAACCCGGCCGCAUCUGCCAGCAAGCGCAGCCGGAAUUUGAUCUUCGCGAAGAAGCCCAAAGCAGGGGGCUCGUCGCCGGCAAGUUCCUCCUCGCCCGUCUCCGGCGAUCGCGCCGGACUGACCGUCGUGACCUCCGUCGAGAAGUCGACCGAGGCGCGCGAGUUCGAGCGGCACCGCGUGGCGAUGGACCAGACGUACCUUUUCCACCACUUUGAAAACGAUACGGCCGCCUACUGCGCCUGCGGUGCCCACUCCCGUGCGGAGUUCCACACGGAGGAGCCGCCCGCGCUGACCUUCACCGCACCGGACCUGGCCAGCCGUACGGAUAUGCUGCUGCUGAUUCUGCUGCACCGUGUCUUCUUUGAGGAGACGCGUGGCUGCGUCAAGUACGCCGCGGAGGCACGCGACAUCUUUGCCGAGGAUGCCACCAUCUUUGAAAACAACACCAUCACGACGGCCGUGGUGCGCUCGCUGGAGGCCUCGGCGCUCCGUGUGAGCAUGCUGCCCCCACAGUACGCACUCCCACGUUGGGUGAACUUUCUCCUCCGCGAGGGCCGCUUUCUGAUCCCGCUCGCCGUGCGUGCGCGUGUGGCCCGCUUUCUGGCCUACGGCGCCCGUCGCUCCUUCACGCGACACAUGCGCAUCUUCCGCAACCAGCGCAACGACCGCACCGUGGCGAUUUUGCCCGGGGAAUGGGCGAGGAUGUCGAACCACAAGUACACCAUCGACCGCGACGCUUUUGUGCGGGACGCGUACGUCAUGCUGCGCAAGUGUGCCGAUGCGCGCUUUCCUAUCUCGUUUGAGUUUAAGGGUGACGUCGGGGUUGGACAGGGCCCGACGGCGCAGUUCUAUACGCUCUUGGCCGCCGAGAUGAGCAAGGCGCAGGCGACGCUGUGGCGCCCUAAUGGGGAGAAGCAAACGACGACGACCACCGCCCCCGCCACCACCACCACCACAGCACUGCCGCCGCCUCCCUUGGCACCUGCCCACAACACCGGUAUUGCGGUCCACUCGAACAACCCCCUGAUGAUUGGACCGCCGCCCACAUCGUUACCACCGCGUCGUAGCUCUGUUACACCGGUCAACUCCCCGGCUCGUAUCAGCACUUCUCGCCCAGCCUCCGUGACGAAUCGCUCCAUCGCCGCCACUAACAGCAGCAACAAUUCCGGUGGCUCUGCCUUUCCGUCGUCAUCAGAGGUGACACCGCGCCCUUCGCAGGUGGCGCACAGUGCCGUGACGCCGGCGAAAAUGCCUACCUGCGCCUCUUUUGCCUCCUUGAGCGGCGUUCCAGCCGCGGAGACCACCUAUGUGGUGCCGCCCAACGAGGGCUUCUAUCCGCGUCACCUCGACGGCGUCUUUCGCUAUCCAGAUGACGUAGAUAGUAUGCCAUGCACGCCGCUGUUGCUGCGCAACCACAAUCACACCACGCGUGAGGAUCUCUCGGUUAGCACGUGGGCCAGUCAUAGCAGCGGGCACUCCAUCCCUGCCCCAGCACGCCCCGCAGAUGGUUCCCUCACCGCGGCAAACAACAAUAGCGUGAGUAAUAAUAAUAAUAACAACAAUAGUAGUACACGAUCCCUGAACGCGGCCGCUGCGGUGCACUACGAUGUGUCGAAGGCAGCCUUGCUGAUUGAUAGCAACGUCGGGCUUAUGCGCGACUACGUGGUGGAGCAGCGCGAGCGCGUGCGAGCCUACUACGUUGUGGGCGCUGCGCUGGGCCGCGCCUUCUUAGAUGAGCAGGUCUUCCCGCUGCCGCUGUCGCCUGCGCUGGCAUACUUUAUCCGUCGUCACUUUCCGGCCUAUCACUUUGUGCUCUCAGACGCCACGCGCAUCGACCCUCAACCGCAGUUCCCCAUUGACGUCUUCGAACUGCCGAUGAGCGCGGUGAACUUGGUGGAUCAGAGUGUUUCGCAGAGCCUUGCCUCGCUGAGUAAACUGGAUGGUGCGACGCUGGCGGCGCUGGAUUUGCCUUUCACGCUGCCGGGCGAUGACCGCUUUGAGCUGCUGCCAGGCGGCGCCAACGUGACGGUGACCAAGAAGAACCUGCGUCAGUACCAACGCCGCGUUGUCGGGGCGCUGCUGUACGAGUCCGUCGCGGUGCCGCUGUACUUCUUAACGAUGGGCUGCCGCGAUGUGGUGCCGUACGAGGCCCUGCAGGUGAUGGACGUGGAGGAGCUGACGAGUAUGCUCUGCGGCGAGGACAAGCACCCGAGCGAGCCGCUGUGGUCAACAGAGGAGAUCCGCUCCGUCCUGGUCGGCGAUCACGGCUACCAAAACGACUCGCCACAGCUCGAGUCGCUUGCCCAGGUGCUUGGCGCACGCCUGACCCCGAGUGAGCAGCGCGACUUCCUUCUCUUCUGCACCGGGUGCCCGCGUCUCCCGAUUGGCGGCAUCCGCGCACUCGGCGCGAUCACCGUGGUGAAGCGCUCCAACGCGUUUGCCGAGGCCCGCCAUGCCGCGUGGACGGCGGAAGCCUCAACGAGGGCAGGAGUCAGCACGGAGCGCGGCGGCGGUUCGCUCGAGUUGGACGCCGAGGACGACGACGAGGGUCCUCCGGUGCCCGUGAUGUACGAGCAGACAGCGAUGUCCGACCAAGAGGACUCCUCCACGAUCAUUCAGGAAACGCCUCGGCCGGAUAUUACUUCCACCGGGCCCGCCAUGUCGGAAGAAGCUGCAGGCAUAGCAGUCGGUGCGUUCCCUGAGCUGCCGGACUCGGAGUGGGCGCUGCCCUCUGUCAAUACUUGCUUCCGCUACCUCAAGCUCCCUCCGUACCCCACCGAGGACCUGCUGUAUAAGAAACUGCUUCAAAGCAUCACGCAAACUGGUGGUACCUUUGAGCUGUCGUAG